GGGCCGCGGCAAUCAUAAGCCCGAGCCCAGCGCUGAGAAGUGGCGACGCGACGCCUAACGGGACGGAGCGGCUGCGAAGCCACCGGCCUGCCCGGGAAGAGACUUGUCCUGGCGAUGGGCUCCUGAGGGCCUCUCGCUCUGCCCCGUCCCCCGAGUGACGGAGCGGUCCCGGCCGGAGGAGGGGAAGCGGCGACAGCCCCGGGACGGAGCCUCAAGUCCGGCUGGUGCCGCGUGGCGGUUUGAAGCACCCACAGCUACGAAGUGACUAAAAAAGACAUGAUGAUCGUAGGGACUGGGGUCGCUUUGGUGCCUGAGCUGGGCUCCCCAGCUAGCACACCUGCUGCAGCCCCCAACUUAUCCUGGCCGCCUGAGGAUGGCAGCCCUACUGUUAUGGAGCAACCAAUAUUCCUAAUGACUACAGCUGCUCAGGCCAUCUCAGGUUUCUUUGUGUGGACAGCUCUGCUAAUCACCUGCCAUCAGAUCUAUAUGCACCUGCGCUGCUACAGUUGCCCCAAUGAGCAACGCUAUAUUGUCCGGAUCCUUUUCAUUGUGCCCAUUUAUGCUGUCGACUCAUGGCUCAGCCUCCUUUUCUUCACCAAUGACCAGUACUAUGUUUACUUUGGCACUGUACGGGAUUGCUAUGAAGCUUUUGUAAUCUACAACUUCCUUAGCCUCUGCUAUGAGUACCUUGGUGGGGAGAGCUCAAUUAUGUCUGAGAUCAGAGGGAAGCCUAUUGAGUCAAGCUGUAUGUAUGGGACUUGUUGCUUAUGGGGAAAGACAUACUCCAUCGGAUUCCUGAGAUUUUGCAAACAGGCUACUCUGCAGUUCUGUGUGGUGAAGCCCCUCAUGGCAAUUAUUACAGUUGUCCUUCAGGCAUUUGGCAAGUACCGUGACGGGGACUUCGAUGUCACAAGCGGGUACCUCUACGUGACAAUCAUUUACAAUAUCUCUGUCAGUUUGGCCCUCUAUGCCCUCUUCCUCUUCUAUUUCGCCACACGUGAACUGCUCAGUCCCUACAGCCCUGUCCUGAAAUUCUUCAUGAUCAAGUCUGUCAUUUUCCUGUCCUUCUGGCAAGGGAUGCUGUUGGCCAUCCUGGAGAAGUGCGGUACAAUUCCUAAGAUCCACUCAGCCAAUGUAUCUGAGGGGACAGUGGCAGCUGGCUACCAGGACUUCAUCAUCUGUGUGGAAAUGUUCUUUGCGGCCAUUGCUCUGCGCCAUGCGUUCACGUACAAGGUCUAUGCAGACAAGCGUCUUGAUGCGCAAGCUGUUCCAUCAUAUGGGCCAUAUGGCCGUUGCGCCCCCAUGAAGAGCAUCUCUAGCAGCCUUAAGGAAACCAUGAACCCCCAUGACAUAGUGCAGGAUGCCAUCCACAACUUCUCUCCAGCCUACCAGCAGUACACUCAGCAGUCAACCCUAGAACAUGGACCACCCUGGCGUAAUGGUGGUCACGUCAUCUCACGCUCCCAUAGCAGCUCUGGCGCCCGUGACAAUGAGAAGACCCUGCUCCUGAGCUCGGACGAUGAGUUCUAAGGGGGUGAUGGAUCACGACACACCCUGGAACAUUCCCUUUAUUUAUUGAACCAGGAACGCAGGUCAUAGCCCCACCUCCCUUUUAAAUGGUGCUCAAGUCAGGAAUGGGCACUUCCUGUUGCCAAUUGUGAGCAUGGACUAUUGUGGCUAAUAUGAGUGGUUUGGAUGGUCAUUCCUAGACUCUUCCCUAAAGGCUUAACUGGAGCACGUUUCACUUAAUAAGGAAGAGAUAAAGAACACUUAAAUCCACCUGGCAUAGAGUAGAGCAAAGGCCCAGGAUGAGUGGCACGCACUUUCUUUGGGGUGUUUUUUCUGCUAUUUUUUAAAGAGGAGGGCUGGUGGUAGAGGGGUCAGGCUCAAGAAACUUGAAGAAAAGAGGCUGUAUCUUAACACAUUUGUUAAGAUGUUUGGAUAUGACUGGCUGAAACCAGAAGCAGCUGAGAUUUCUUUUCCCCACUGCACUACUAAAAUGUACUUCCAUACACAUAUUUCUGGGUAGUUAUUUGGGAUGUAUAGGUUGAACCUCAUCCCUAAACAUUGUCCCAUUAUUAACUUUGACCAACUUUGGGAUCAUGACCAGAAUUCCCGUUGGUCUUUUCCAUGUGUGAUCUGCCUCUGCCAAUGAUCAGCAUUGGGUACUUCAGAAUGGAGCAAUAUUCUGUUUUAGAAUAGGGGAAGUAGAGAUGGGGAAAGGAAGAGAAACAACUUCUGGAUUGAAACGGUGAGCAGGUCUUGAAGCCUCUUUCUCCUUGUUGAAGUGGAGGGCGGAUUCUGUGAUGCGUUUCUUGCCCAACAUUUCAAGAGAUUACAAGGCACUUCCUGAAAAAAUAGGAUUUGCUCCAUCUAUAGAGGAAAAGGCAUUUGGAAGAUGAUGAUGGGCACAACCCAGAGAGGAGCUCUCACACAACAUACUGCCCCUUAUAUUGGAUGAGGAUGCCAAGAGGAUUGAAAAUGCACAUCCCAUCCAUACACUUCAGAUGUGCCUCUGAUCUGCGUACAUGGUGUCUGAUCCAGCUAUUGAAUCCACAUGCAAAAGUCUGCUUUCCUGCACAGAUUUCCAUUGCUGGUUAGAUCAUGUGUAUUUAGGCAUUUAUUUCUCCAGUCAUUAAUUUCAUUCUCUUUUGUAUUCUCUCUUGUGAAGGAGUUCUACAAACAUUGAUAUUAAAAUGUCUUUACCGCAUCUAACCUUCUUCUUAAGAGCUGUAUAUUCUUAUGUUUUAAAUUCCAGAACAUCUGUUGCAAGUUACCAGGUCUCCUUGCUGUUUGUCAAUAUUUUACCUUUGUUAAUAGUUAAUUUUAAGUGCCAGUGGGAUAGAGUUUGCCUGAGAUGGUGAACAUUCCAUCUUCUCUUCCCUCACUCUUGUACUGGGCCUGUUGUAGUUUGGCUAGGAGUUGAAAACAUAUCUAUGUGGUGUGCAGCUAUUAUAUUGCCGUUACGUUCGCUACAGCCCAUAUGAUUUUUGAUUUUUGAUUUUUUUAAAAAAGUAUAUUGAUUUUCUAUUGACCUUGUUAGGCCUGGCCUGAAACUUUAUUGAAAGUCACUACAUAAGAAUCGCAAGACCCCUUUCUAAGCUGAAAAGCAUGCUGGUUGAUGGCUUUUCCAAAAACCUUGAUAUGUUAAUGAUUUAAAGCUGGAAAGGACAAUAUAAUUAAUUGCAGUGUACUGCACUUCUCUGUUGCUGUUGUGGUUACUUGUGCCUGUAUUAACACUGCCCACAGAAAAGGGGAAUAACAUUAGACCUCGUCUUUCCCUGACACCUCUCUCAAUUUCUCUUCCUCAUCUACUAUUAGAAAUGCUAAUUCUGUUCUAAGCUGCUAUAUGUCUCUCCUCCAUAGUUUGUUGUGGUUUUGGGGCACCUGCUCUCUUACGGUGCUUUUAUGGAGAGUCUAGAUAGAAAUGAGGAUCUCUGAGGUUUGGCUUUUUUUUUUUGGUUCCUUUUCUCUGUGCCUUAAUGUUCUCGCUCACACACCCCACCCCACACCAUGGCUGAUGCAGCUCUCAAGGGCAAGCGCCGAACCCUUCAAGUUUUGCUUCGUUGGGCAAGAGUGUGUUUGCUUGGGCCUUGGCAGGUUUGCCAGGACUUGGGACUUUUCUUCCUGGGGGCAUGGUUGUGCUACUGCUGUGGUUUGCAUUUCACUCAUUCCAGAAGGAUGGAGGUGGAGCACAACAGCUCCAUCCAUAUUCCCUGCUCAAAAGAGCCAGAGGGGUUGGCAGCUCAGGAGAUAAAGGAAGCAGAAGAAGAGAAGAUGUAAAAGCAACACGUUUCUGUAAAUACAAAAUCAUCCCUCUCAUUGCAGUUACACCUGGACAAUAUAUUCUUGUGGGUUGACUUUUAAAAUCCUGUUGCUUCUUUCUUUUUCUUUUUUUAAAGGAACCCUCAACUAUCAGUACCCCCAUUAUUAAAUUGUAGUAUAUCAAGCAGUGAUUUGUGCCACUGUAGCGGUAGCAUGAUCCUAAGCUCUCUCUGCCUUCUCUUCUAACACUAGAUGUGGUUGUAUUGAACUUCUGAGAGUCUUUCUUGCAGAACCUUGCCAGAGCAGCGCAACUGCAUUUUCGCAGUUGUGCAGCUCUUGGUGCAGAAAAACUACAUGCUGCUCUUGCACCAGUUGUGGAGCUUGGCUCAGGUCUCUGCACCUAUGGGAGAGGAUAGCUUUUUUGUGCGAUCAGUAGGACCCUUUCAUGUAAUGGCAUGACACAGGGCUAGGUUUCAAAGAGCCCUCAAAUGAACUUUUGCUUGUUUGGUUCCUUUUCACUUCUGACUUUGGAACAGAGGAGGAGAUGUUGCUCCGUUUACUCAUACCUGCUUCUGGGAGACUGUUCGUCUCUGCCCCAUUUGGCUUCCAUAUAAUUCCCACCUGUGUUCCCAUUUGCAAUUCACACUGUUACAUUUACUUGUGAUGAGUCAUCAAGGUGAGCCCCCUUUUUGUAUGGUAUGGGUGAAGGCUGUACUGCUGACUUGCAGGUAUUUCAGUGUUGGGAGGAGUUCUCUCUAUAUAUUUUUAUCUUUUUUAAAAUGUAGACCAUAUAUAAAUAUAUAAUGUGCAUAGGAACUGGCUUUUCUUGAAGCUUCCUAUAAGUAGUGGUUUCAAGUAGAUAUAACCCUCUCGGAGCAAGAACGAGGUCCAGUAGCAACAGCAUCCCCCAACCUGGUGCCCUCCAAAUACAACUCCCAGAAUUCAGGGUGAGAGUUGAAAUCCAAAAUACCUGUAGGGCACCAGGUUGGAGAUGGCUGAAUAAUAGCAAAAGGUCUUGAACUGUGUGAGUUAAAAAAAAAAAAGAGCCAUAUGAAAGAACCAGUGCAAAGUUAUUUUUGAUUGGUGUGUGUGUGUGUGUGUUUUGCUGUGGGCCCAAAGAGCUUAACCCUCCAUGCAGCCAUGAUCAUGCAUUCCAAUUAGGGCUUCUCAGAAGCUGAUCAUUUUAAUAUACAUGUGUAUAUUAAUAUACAUUUAAUAUACAUGCGUAUACAUCAAUCCCAACAAAAUGCUCUUGGCACUGCUCUCUUCCUUGCCCUGCUCUCUCCUUCCCCUCCUUGUUUUUUUUACCAUGUAACAAACCCCCCUCGAAUUUUGUUUUUACUAUUUUUCCAUGUAGUUUAGAUAUUUGUAUAUAAAUGACUGGGAUGGGGUGGGGGAGAAUACUCUGUAUGAUAAGAAAGAGUUACCUAGUUUUGUACCUAUCAUGUAAUAACUGAUGUGCGCUCAGAGACAAGCUGUUGUCUCUGUUUUGGUCUUUGUGAAGUUAUACUGCUCUGCGAAAACAAGAAAAUAUGACAAAUAAAAAUAUAGAGAUAAUAUAGAUUGUA